AUGAGCGGAAGAUGGGACCGGAAGGACUCGCGGAGAUCGAAUAUGCAGAAAGUAGUGAACACUGCCGAAGAUAAGCUCGAAGCCAAACUCGGAUUUGGGCUCUUCUCCGAAGGUGAAACGCGCCUCGGAUGGCUACUCACUUUCGCAUCAUCAUCUUGGGAAGAUCCAGAUACUGGGAAAACCUAUAGCUGUGUCGACCUUUACUUUGCUACUCAGGACGGGUCUUCUUUCAAGACUAAGUACAAGUUCCGCCCUUACUUCUACGCAGCCACGAAAGAAAAUAUGGAAUUGGAAGUGGAAGCCUACUUGAGACGCCGAUAUGAAAGACAAGUUGCUGAUAUUGAGAUUGUUGAGAAAGAGGAUCUUGAUCUCAAAAACCAUCUAUCUGGCCUGCAAAAAAAAUACCUUAAAGUAUCAUUUGAUACUGUGCAGCAAUUGAUGGAAGUCAAGAGGGAUCUGUUGCAUAUCGUCGAACGAAACCAGGCAAAAUUUGAUGCACUUGAAGCAUACGAAUCCAUAUUGGCUGGAAAACGAGAACAACGUCUUCAAGAUUGCUUAGACUAUAUUGUCGACCUCCGGGAAUACGAUGUUCCUUAUCACGUUCGAUUUGCAAUUGAUCAAGAUGUGCGUAGUGGGCAGUGGUACAAUGUCAGUAUAUCCAGCACCGAUGUCAAACUAGAGAGGAGGACAGAUCUUCUCCAACGCGCAGAAGUUCGUGUUUGUGCAUUCGAUAUAGAGACAACAAAGCUUCCGUUAAAGUUUCCGGAUGCUGAAUAUGAUCAAGUUAUGAUGAUAUCCUACAUGGUCGAUGGGCAAGGUUUUCUAAUUAUUAACAGAGAGUGUGUUGGCGAUGACGUUGAAGAUCUGGAGUAUACACCCAAACCAGAGUUUGAGGGAUAUUUCAAAGUUUUUAACGUCAAGGACGAGGUUGAACUCCUUCGAAAAUGGUUUUCCCAUAUGCAAGAGUUGAAACCUGGUAUUUACGUUACAUACAAUGGUGACUUUUUCGACUGGCCAUUUAUAGAACGGAGAGCAUCCCAUCAUGGGAUAAAAAUGAAUGAGGAGUUGGGAUUCCGUUGUGAUCAAAAUCAAGGUGAAUGUCGAGCUAAAUUCGUUUGCCAUUUGGACUGUUUUGCUUGGGUGAAACGUGAUAGCUAUCUUCCUCAGGGAAGCCAUGGUCUGAAGGCUGUUACAAAGGCAAAACUGGGUUAUGAUCCGGUGGAAGUGAACCCAGAGGACAUGGUUCAGUUUGCAAAAGAAAAGCCACAGACAAUGGCCUCCUACUCUGUCUCUGAUGCUGUUGCAACUUAUUACCUAUACAUGACAUAUGUCCAUCCGUUCAUUUUUUCUCUCGCAACUAUCAUCCCAAUGGUCCCUGAUGAGGUUUUACGUAAAGGGAGUGGCACCCUUUGUGAAAUGCUUCUGAUGGUUGAGGCUUACAAGGCAAAUGUUGUAUGUCCCAACAAAAACCAAGCUGACCCUGAGAAGUUCUACCAGGAUCGACUUCUUGAAAGCGAGACAUAUAUAGGUGGCCAUGUAGAGUGCCUCGAAAGUGGUGUUUUCAGAUCUGACAUUCCAACCAAUUUUAAGCUCGACACAUCGGCAUACCAGCAACUGAUUGAUAACCUUGGUCGGGAUUUGGAAUAUGCUAUCACUGUAGAAGGGAAAAUGAGAAUGGAUUCAAUUUCCAACUAUGAUGAAGUGAUGGACGAAAUCAAGGAAAAGCUCGAGAAGUUGCGAGAUGACCCUAUACGAGAAGAGGGGCCUCUUAUUUAUCACCUUGAUGUCGCAGCGAUGUAUCCAAAUAUCAUCUUAACAAACAGGCUUCAGCCACCAUCAAUAGUUACGAAUGAGGUUUGCACAGCAUGUGAUUUCAACCUCCCGGGAAAGACCUGUCUUCGAAAACUUGAUUGGGUCUGGCGUGGGGUGACAUUCAUGGCAAAGAAGAGUGAUUAUUACCAUCUGAAGAAGCAGAUUGCGUCUGAAUUUGUUGACGCUGGUGCAAGUAUCCAGUCUUCAAAAUCUUUCCUUGAUCUGCCAAAGGUGGAACAACAAUCAAGACUAAAAGAACGACUGAAAAAAUAUUCUCAAAAGGCAUAUAGACGUGUACUUGACAAGCCAAUCACUGAAGUUCGUGAUGCUGGGAUAUGCAUGAGAGAAAAUCCGUUUUAUGUGGACACUGUUCGAAGCUUUCGAGAUAGGAGGUAUGAAUACAAAACACUUAACAAGGUAUGGAAGGGAAAGUUGUCAGAGGCCAAGGCAAGUGGCAAUUCAAUCAAGAUCCAGGAAGCACAGGACAUGGUAGUGGUUUACGAUUCCUUGCAGCUAGCUCAUAAGUGUAUUCUUAAUUCCUUCUAUGGAUAUGUCAUGCGAAAGGGUGCAAGAUGGUACUCCAUGGAAAUGGCUGGUGUAGUUACCUAUACUGGAGCCAAAAUCAUCCAGAAUGCCCGUUUGCUUAUUGAGCGAAUUGGGAAACCACUUGAGCUGGAUACAGAUGGUAUAUGGUGUGUUCUCCCUGGAUCUUUUCCUGAGAACUUCACUUUUAAAACGAUAGACAUGAAAAAAUUCACGAUCUCUUAUCCGUGUGUAAUGCUUAAUGUUGACGUGGCGAAGAAUAAUACAAACGAUCAAUAUCAGACUCUUGUAGAUCCUAUACGCAAGACAUAUAAGUCACAUAGUGAAUGCUCAAUUGAAUUUGAAGUGGAUGGACCGUACAAGGCAAUGAUUAUUCCUGCAUCAAAAGAAGAAGGAAUCUUAAUUAAGAAGCGUUAUGCUGUUUUCAAUCAUGACGGAACCUUAGCAGAACUCAAGGGAUUUGAGAUCAAGCGUAGAGGGGAGCUGAAACUCAUUAAACUUUUCCAGGCUGAGCUUUUUGACAAAUUCCUCCAUGGAUCAACUCUUGAAGAGUGUUAUUCUGCUGUUGCAGCCGUUGCAAAUCGGUGGCUUGACCUACUCGAUAAUCAAGGAAAAGAUAUUGCCGAUAGUGAACUGCUAGAGUAUAUAUCAGAAUCAAGCACAAUGAGUAAAUCGUUAGCAGAGUAUGGUGAUCAAAAGUCAUGUGCAGUGACCACAGCAAAACGCCUGGCUGAUUUUCUAGGUGAUGCAAUGGUCAAAGAUAAAGGAUUGCGUUGCCAAUACAUCGUUGCUUGUGAACCAAAGGGGACACCUGUAAGCGAGCGUGCUGUUCCUGUUGCCAUAUUUGGAACCGAUCCUGGAAUAAUGAAUUUUUAUCUGCGAAAAUGGUGCAAGACAUCAUCAGACGUUGGAAUUCGUUUAAUUAUUGACUGGUCCUAUUACAAACAGCGCCUUCAUUCAGCUAUCCAAAAAGUUAUUACCAUUCCUGCUGCGAUGCAGAAGGUGGCAAAUCCCGUACCUAGGGUGCGUCACCCUGAUUGGCUCCAUAAAAAGGUCCGUGAGAAAGAUGACACAUUUCACCAGAGAAAACUAGAUGAUAUGUUCAGCCCAGCUAACAAAGAUGACACAAAACGUCCUGCGACUCAAGAUAAUGUGGAAGAUAUUGAGGAUUUUGGCAAACAAAACAGGUCUUCCGAAAAGGGGCCAAAGCCAAUUGCGCGUUCUUAUGAAGUCAAUAAAAAACAGUCUGAACGCGAGCAGCAAGAGACUCAUGAUGUCUUACUUCAGAACAUUGACAAGAACGCAGAUUACCGAGGAUGGCUUGACCUGAAAAAGAGAAAAUGGAAAGUAACUCUAGAGAAGAAGAAAAAACGAAGGUUGGGUGAUUUAAAAUCUUCAAACCAGAUUGAUGCUCACGAGAUAAAUGACAACGUCCGUCAGGGAAGAGGAGGUGUAGGUUCAUACUUCAGAAGGCCUGAAGAAGCUUUGACUAGUUCACAUUGGCAGAUAAUACAGCUGGUCCCAAGUCCACAGAGUGGGGAAUUUUUUGCUUGGGUGGUUGUGAAAGGAUUGAUGCUUAAGAUCCCAUUGACGAUCCCAAGAGUGUUUUACAUUAAUUCCAAAGCUCCCAUAGCUGGAAAUUUCCCGGGAAAGUGUGUCAGCAAGAUUCUUCCUCAUGGAAGGCCAAGUUAUAAUUUGAUUGAGGUUAGUAUUCAGGAAGUUCAAUUUAAAGAAGAAAGCAAAAAGCUUGCAGCGCUUCUUUCCGACCCCGAAAUUGAGGGCAUAUAUGAAACUAAGGUGCCUCUGGAGUUUAGUGCUAUAUGUCAGAUUGGAUGUGUAUGCAAAAUUGAUAACACGGCAAAGCACCGUAGCACACAAGAUGGAUGGAAAGUUGGUGAACUUCAUAUGAAGACUACAACUGAAUGUCACUACUUGGAGCGUUCAAUUCCACUUGUUUACUUGUAUAACAGCACCUCAAGAGGACGUGCUAUGUAUGUUUUAUAUUGUCAAGCAUCAAAGCUUAUGUCUGCCGUUGUAGUUAAUCCUUAUGGUGACAAGGAAUUAUUACCAUCUGCCCUAGAGAGACAGUUUAGAGAUAGUUGCCAAGAGUUGUCACUCGAGUCAUUGUCUUCGGAUAGUAUCCUUUUCCAGGUGGACUAUGUUGACAAUCCCGAAGCUGCGAAGAAGAUUAUACAAAAAGGGAUAAGUGAAUACAGAGAAGAAAAUUGUGGACCGACUGUUGCAGUCAUCGAAUGCCCUGACUUUAACUCCAUAAAGGAAGGUAUAAAGGCCCUGGAUGAUUUCCCAUGUGUGAGGAUCCCCUUCAACCGUGAUGAAAAUAGCUAUCAGCCUGUCUCCUGGCAACGUCCAGCAGCAAAAAUAGCAAUGUUCCGUUGUGCUGCAGCGUUUCAGUGGUUGGAUCGGAGGAUUGCCCAGUCAAGAUACGCCCAUGUACCUCUGGGGAAUUUUGGACAUGAUUGGUUAACAUUCACCGUAGAUAUCUUCCUGUCCAGGGCACUCCGUGACCAGCAGCAGGUUCUUUGGGUGUCAGAUAAUGGUGUUCCAGACCUUGGAGGUAUAAACAAUGAAGAGACAUUCUUUGCUGAUGAGGUGCAACAGACGAGUUUGGUAUUCCCUGGAGCGUAUAGAAAAGUGUCUGUAGAGAUAAAGAUCCAUAACUUGGCUGUUAAUGCCCUUCUGAAAAGCAACCUGGUGAGUGAAAUGGAAGGAGGCGUCUUUUUGGGAUUUGAACAGGAUGUGAAUUCUAAAGGAAGUAGUUCAAACGAUAACACCAGUUUUGAUGAGACCACUGGAUCUGCUCAAGCAUUUCGUGUCCUAAAACAAUUGAUUCGGAAUUGCUUGACUGAUGUGCUCAAGUCUGGCAAUAUAUAUGCUGAUUCCAUUUUGCAACGUUUGUCUUGGUGGCUCUGCAGCCCUUGCUCGAAGCUCCAUGAUCCAGCUCUUCAUCUCAUGCUACACAAGGUCAUGCAAAAGGUGUUUGCUCUGCUUUUGACUGAUUUGCGGAGAUUGGGUGCUAUAAUAAUAUAUGCAGACUUCUCAAAGGUCGUUAUCGACACUGGGAAAUUUGAUCUGUCUACUGCUAAGGCUUAUUGUGAAAGCUUGCUCACAGCGGUGGGGAAUAGUGAUAUCUUUGAGUUGAUCUUGCUCGAGCCGGCUCACUAUUGGCACUCGUUGCUUUUCAUGGACCAGUAUAACUACGCUGGCAUCCGAGCUACCAAUGAUGAAAUUUCACCUGAAGAAGUGACUAUUGAACCAAAGUGGAGCAUUGCAAGACUUUUACCCGAGUAUAUUCAGAAGGAUUUCAUCAUAAUCGUUGCCAAGUUUAUAUUUGACCCCUGGAAAUUUGCUUUAGAGAAAAAAAAAGGCAGUUCAGAGAGUCUAGAGGCACAAAUGGUAGAAUUUCUAAGGGAACAGAUACGAUCCAACUUCAUUAAUAUGCUUGUUAAAAAAGUCGGUGAUAUCAGGUCACACAUGAAGGAGAUAAACGUUUCAGCUGCAUCUCAGGCUUCUGGUCAAGCCCCCAAAGGAGAUUACACAUUAGAAUUUAUUCAGACUAUAUGUGCUGUUCUGGCUCUUGACCAAAACGUCCUGCAAGAUGUUCUGGUAAUGAGAAAGAAUCUGUUGAAGUACAUAAGCGUAAAAGAAUUUGCUGCUGAAGUCGACUUUCUUGAUCCCGGGCCAUCCUUCAUCUUACCUAAUGUGGCUUGCAGCAACUGUGACGCGUACAGAGACCUAGAUAUAUGCAGAGAUCCAGCUCUAUUAACAGAGAAGGAAUGGUGCUGUGUAGAUUCACAAUGUGGGAAGAUAUAUGACAGAGAGGAGAUGGAGAAUAGUCUUCUCCAGAUGGUGAGACAGAGAGAGAGAAUGUACCACAUGCAGGAUCUAGUUUGCAGUAGGUGCAAUCAGGUGAAAGCGGCUCAUUUGACAGAGCAGUGCGAGUGCGCUGGAUCUUUUAGGUGCAAGGAGAGCGGGCCUGAGUUCCUCAAGAGGAUGGAGAUUUUCUUGGAUAUCGCAAAGCGCCAGAAGUUUAAACUCUUAGAAGAAUGCACCUCUUGGAUUUUACAACCUUUCAGCUGCUGA